AUGUACCAGGGGUCAGCCUACGCUUCUCCCCCCUCCGGCUACACUUCACCUCCUCCUCCCAAUGAUUCGUAUCGACGUGCCCCAAUCUCUGUCGCUUCGAGGCAGCCCUACACCUUUUCUCCGCCUCCACCCUCGUCCAAUGGGUAUUCGUCACCGCGCUACUCUUCUCAAGCUGCUCAAUCUCCCCAAAUGCAGGCUCAGAGACAGAUGGCCUUCCCAACUCCACCAGGAGCUGGAGGAUCGUAUCCUCAGCAGCCCGCUCAACUUCCCCCCGCACGACACAAGGGGACCCUUGCGCCUGGUCAGAUAGUCGUCAUUGGAGAUUCUUCCGUCCGGAUAGAAAAGUACCUCUCGGAGGGUGGAUAUGCCCAUGUCUAUCUGACAAGCUCGGACAAGCCGAUAUAUCCGCCUGUCAAGUCUGGAUCUCGGGACUCGCGAGACAGCAGAGGAUACACUCAACAGUGUUUGAAAAGGAUAGCGUUCCAAGAUGAGAAGUACUGGAUUGAGGUCAAGAAGGAGAUUGAAGUCAUGAAAGCUUUGCCGGUCAACCCUUAUCUUGUCCAGUAUCUCGGUUCAGCACACAAGGAUCUGCCUGAUGGAACUCACGAGGUUUUCAUCUUGAUGGAAUUUGCAGCGGGCGGAGGAAUUAUUGACCUGCUGAACAGAAGGCUGAGGGAUAGAUUGAAGGAAAUCGAGAUCCUCAACAUCUUUACGGACGUCUGCGAGGCAGUCGCAGCCAUGCACGCUUUACCCAAGCCACUAGUACACCGUGAUCUCAAGAUUGAAAAUGUCUUGGCUGCACCCUCCUCCAGUCCACCGCUACCGCAGCGACCUUCUCCAUUUACGUUCAAGUUGUGUGAUUUUGGAUCUACAACGUAUCCUGCCUCUCGUCCCCCGACCUCAAAGAUCGAAGCCGACGCCCUUGCCAUGGACCUUGACGCUCACACCACUUUGCAAUAUCGUAGUCCUGAGAUGGUGGAACCGAUGCUCGGAUACGCUGUCGGAUUACCGAGCGACGUGUGGGCUCUGGGAGUCUUGCUUUACAAGUUGUGCUACUAUACGACGCCAUUCGAGGAUCAUGGCACGUUGGCGAUCGUCAACGCCAAGUAUACAUUUCCUCAAUACCCUGUGUAUUCACCAAAAGUCCAACACCUGAUUGCGUCAAUGUUGGUCGAACAGCCAAGUCGACGGCCGACAGUAUUUGAGGUACUCCGAGUCGCCCAUGACAUGAGUGGUACUCGGCCAUACCCUAUUCCAUCCAGAUCUAUCCCUGGCGCACCUCAAACUCGUUCGCCUGUCCAGUCUGAAUCGAAUUCUGCAAACCUACUAGACUUCACUUCACCGUCCGAGACAGCUUCUCAACCGACGCAACCUAGCCUCAUGCCCAAUAUACAACCGCAAAGGAGAGGGAGACCCACGAAAGAGCCUAGUCAAAAUCAGAUUCAGACUAUUGGCGCACUUCCCAGACCACCGGCAAUGUCGCCGUACCCCUCCACAAGCUUCACGCCACCUUUGCCACAAGCUCAGAGUCCCGCGGUCGUCGCGGAGCCUCAGUACUCUGUCAAUAAGGUCCAAGUGACUGGCGAGCGCGAUGCUCUAAACCCGUCGGCUAGGAGAGUUGACGCCUUUGGAAUGCCUGCCAGUCUCCAGCCGUCUAAAGCCGGGUCCGGGUUCAGCGAUUCAUUCGGCUCGCUGAAGUCGCCAUUGCAGGACUCGAAAUCCGGCUCAAGUAGACUCGGAUUUGGAGACUCGUUCUCCUCUAGCAAAACAUCCCCCACAGCAUCGUUCCCAGUGACGUUCGGAGCACCCCGUACCGCCUCGCCACCAAGGGUGUCCAACUUGAGCCGAUCACCUAACUCUGCGGCACCGACCGAUGGUGGCGAGGCGAAUUUCGAUACGAGAUUCCCGUCAAUCGAGAGUCUAGAAGCUGCGGAACCGUUGAUCGGCGGCGAUUCUACGCGACAGUCUUCGAACCUCAUCUCGCCACUUGAGGAGACUCCUCGACCGAGCUCUUUCAGAAAACCGUCAAUGAUAGGCAAUAUGACUGGUGGAGAUCUCUCGCCCGCACAGAGAAACCAUCGGCAGGAGGGCGCAGCGCCACAGCCUCGAUCCACUCAUGUGACUGGAACAGCCUUUGCGUACGAAGAUCUUCUCUCGCCGUCCGUUGACGCACAGAAUACCUGGGGCAUGGGCGAGUCAAACGUGGAGGGUUAUGCGUCCCUAUCUGGCGAUGAUACUCAGAGACCAGGCAAAGAACCGGUCUCCUCCACCUCUUCGCCCGAGGAUCUGAUGACGGGAGACGGCGACACGAUGGGCGGAUCAUCGAUGCGGCCCUUGCUGAUCUCGCGAGCGUCUUCAACAUUCCACAUGAGGGAUAAUGCGCCCGAAGGCCAAACGAGCCGGAAUGUGGCAGCGAUGAACUCGACUUCGGUUCAAGCAAAUGUCGGCUCUAUGGAUGAUGUAAAUCGGGUGAACUCAUCUGACGAUGAGGCCGGUCCAGAGAGUGCAUCGGCCCAACGAUGGCAGCGAUUCCCGUCAUCUGAGCGUGUACCGCUGCGACAGCCGUCUCAGGUCGAAGAGUCGGAUCAGAGACCAGCAGCCCUGGAGAGGCGAGGCUCUUCCCCUAGUAAGACUCAACAGCAGUCUUCGCCGAUCGAGCCCCACGCGGGUGCCUUCAGCCCCAGCAGCAGGCCACAUCCCAAUCCAAUGAUGCCGGGCCAAAGAGAGACUAAUACCGGAGGUCCUACACCAUCGACAUCUGACUCUCGACCGGCUCAAUCGAGGGAAGGAUCGAUCACGAGUAUGGUUUCCAGAUUCGAGACGAUGAAUGGCAAGCCUCCUGGGCUUUCACCAGUCAAGCAGAAACCUACAAUCUCAACCAGUGCCAGCCAAGCUCCAAGACCACAAGUGGCUGCCAAGCCUCAGGCCCUGAGACAGUAUUCUGGGUCAUUCUCAAAGUCUUCUGGGUCACCUAUGACUGCAGAGGCGCUAUCUCCCACCUCACCAAAGGUAAAACCACCAAAGCCAAUGACAAAACCCGAUCUUGGGCGUUCCGCCUCCGUGACUGCGACUCAGAAAUCCCCACCAGCAGCAAUCAAGGAGAAGCCGGCGACCAAGCCUAAGCCCGUGGUGGCGACGAAACCAACCUCGCAGAAAGUCGACGAGUCUCAAGCACAACAGAAUUUGGUGCCGGUCGAGGAGAAGACGCCGGAAAGUUCAUCACAGGGACAAGGUCCUAUUCAGGAGCCAUCUCAGAACGGACGAGGCAGUCCGGAGAAACGGCAAUCGGUCAAUUCUUUGAUUGCCAAGUGGAAUCAACAGAAAAUCUAG